AGUGGACCAUGUCAUGUAAUGCAAAUGUAUCGCAAUAUUUCUCUUUUUGUUUUCUCCAGAUGUCAUCAAAGUGUAACUCUGUGACCACAUGUGUGUGGAUGCUUCAUUCUUUCUUUUUUGUGUUUAUAGCUGGACAUGCAUUGUUUAACGGCACCUCAGUUCAGACUGUUCAUCGAGGAAUGUCAGUCAAUAUCAGCUGUAACUACAAACCAUCAACUGACAGUGAUGACAUAGUGGAACUGAAAACUAAUGGUACAUUGUGCUGCUCAGCAAUGAACAGUAACAAAUCAUGGAUAUAUCGUCCAUGUAGAAAUCACUUUAGAUUUAUUUGGAUUCCAGAAACUGUGCAAAUGGCAUUUGAGAUAUCAAAUCUGCAGAUAAAUGAUACUGGCACUUACAAAUGUGUUGUGACAAGAUCUAUACCACCUCCUCCUGUGCUUUUGAGAGAAGAAAGAACAUUUGUUCAAGUGAUUGCACAACCCAUUGUGUCUGUGUCACAUAUAAGUGCAUUGGGUGGAUUUCCCACGAUCCUGUGCAGCUCUGAGGGGUUUUACCCUUCUGCUCUAGAGCAGCUGUGGAUGAGAAACGGAGAAUUUCAGAACGCCUCUCUCACACACAGCAUUAACAAAACCAACCCAGAUGGAUCAUUCACCCUCCAUUCAUACCUGAAUAUAUCUGACUGUGUAAACUACUCGUGUUGGGUAAACCACUCAUCCCUGAGCCAACCAACAAUACUCCACAUGAGUCCUACUGACUGUUAUGAGAACAGAGACAGGUUUAAUGGUUAUAAUAUUCAGAUAGCUUUGUUCAUCUCUUCACUGCUAACUUCAGUCCUCAUGAUCAUCACAGCAAUGUGUUGUCCAUACAGAGCCUGUCAGCAGCAUGUGAGCGUCAGUGUCACAUCUGACUCUGAACUGAAGACUGUGGUUCUGUAUUCGAUACUGAGUGAUCAUCAUCCAGUUUCAUACAGCAACUGUCACCUCCCCAAAACUGAUUAUUCCAGCUUAUUAUUCCAGUGA